AUGGUUAUGGAGAGUUCUGAAUUGAGCCAAUUCUUCGGCAGACUCAAAAAUGGAGAUGUUUACUGCAUGGAUGUCAACUUGCAGAAAAAUGGCCCCACCGUCGCACGACUGCAGACUGCUCUACAACAGUUUAGCUCUGACAAAGACUUGGAGAGUCUUGUGGAAAACCAGAGGCUCCACGCAAGACCCUGGACUAGGUUUAAUAUGUUGGUGACCAGCUUUCUCAAGUUCUGCAAAGACGUAAAUCCCUGGUCGCUGUGGGAAAGUUCGGAUCUGAUAUUCAAUUACUAUCAAGAUUUGACCAAUUGUCUUCUGAAUGAUUCCUUUCCCGUCGACACGCUAGUAACGCUCUUCCAGACCACAACGGAGUAUGUUAUUCCGCUCGCAAAGCAGCUAGAUAGUAAACAUCGAGAAAUUGGGACCCGCAAGCAUCAGUUUUUGGCCCAUGUGUCUUCAAUCAUAACUAAGCUGUUCAACAGCAUCAAGCCAAGGUACGAAGAACCUGCAAUGAAUUUUCAAGGCCUUUCGAGGAAACAGCAAAUUUUGUUGUACACAGCGAACAAGCUAAACAAUAUCUACAUGCAAAUCGACUCUGCUGCGUCAUGCGCCAACAUCUUCAAAAACGUGAAGCCAAAAUCCGCAAUCCAAAACUUUUCGCAAUAUCCGGUUCGCGAGCAGAUAGAAUACCGCUAUCUGCUUGGCCGUUACUAUUUGCUCAAUCAUCGCGUUUCCAAUGCGUUCCAUCAGCUCAAUAGCGCAUUCACGCUAUUAGCCGCUUGCCUCAGGAAUACGACUGAGAAUGCAUCUGCUAGAAGGAAUUUACAAAGAAUUCUCAAGUACCUAUUACCAGCAGGCAUACUUUUUGGUAAGGUUCCUCUUACAUCAGUUUGUCAAGCUUACGGUUUUGAGAUCGCACAAAUGUAUCAACAGCUAUCCCAUAUCGUGAAAUCUGGUUGCAUGUUUCGUUUCCAUAUCUGGCUGGCCCAGAAUGAGUCUGCUCUACGCAAUCAAAAGCUGCUAAUAUUGUUGCUAGAAAAAACACCACUGCUGAUUUAUCGCAGUUUGAUACGACGCACUAUCCUGGAUUUUUGCUUUCCAUAUAACGCGAACAAAGUGGCUUAUCAACUUUUGGAAGAGGCAGUAAGAGUAUCUUUGGGUCGUCCUGAGGGUCUCAAACCAAUUUACACGCUAGUUCAAGCACCCGAGAAUGUCCCCGACGUGCUUGAAGCACUUGUCAACCUUGGCCUCCUGAAAGCAAAUUGUUUUCCUAUCAGCAAGCAGUGUGUGUUUCCCAAGACUAAUAAGAUUGACUCUAUUUUUCCUUCAGUUAAUGAGAAACUAGUUUCCUUCUUCCCGCUAAAUAGUGAAGAUACCUGGCUGGACAACUGA